AUGGCUUCUUUUCCAAUGAUCGCGUUGAUUGUCGGCGGGCUUCUGCAUGCCUGCAACAUCGCAAGAGGCGUUCCGGACACGACCCUGGUGCAGAAGACGUGCAACGGAGAGAAAAACGAGAAUCCGAGCGCGUACUGCUACAAUGUCCAGAACGUCGUCAGCGAUUGGUGCUCGAACACACCCUCUCAUGGCUACGACUACUACGACCAGUUCUCGUUCGGUGGUAGACCUUGUUAUGGACAUGGGUCGUGCAACGGUGGCCUCACGAACGAAGAUUGCAGCGAAUGUCUGGUACAAGAUUAUUACAUGAUGAGGAAGAUGUGUGAUUUGACCAUAGGGGUUCAAUUCGAGCUUAAGGAUUGUAGAUUGCGAUACGAAAAUUACUAUUUCGUGGAAUAA